AUGCGAAUUUUAUACUUAUCGGUAAAGGAUAUCUUCAAUCUCAAUAGCUUGACUUCCUAUUUCUUAUUCUUACUUUAGGCUAUGCGACUAGUGUUGUUGACUGGUGCUGUUGAUUUUUUUCAGUUGGUUUUCCAAGUGCUCUUAGCCCUAAUGCCGAUUUAUGUCCUAUCGCACGACAUAAGCUUACACCAGACAACAAAUACCACGGACAAAGCAAACACUUCCACAGAAGGUAGUUCGGGAAUGUUUAAGCGCCCAUUGAAAAUUUUAAGAAGGACAGACGCCAACCAGGGACCUCCAGUGUUUUUGACAGCGGAACCAACAAACACGAAACAAGUGAUUCUCUUUUGUCGAGUUGGUUUGUUCUUGCAGGUGGACCAUAAUGGAACGAUUUCAAGCUCUCUGAAUCAAAAUAGCGAAAACGGUAAGUAUGUCUGCAAUAUUCCUGUUUAAGUGCCUUAACUCAAUUUUGUCAUCAAGCGGUGAUGGAACUGUCCAUUCUACUCUAAAACUAACUCUUGCUAUCGACUAAGUAAAUAACGUUUUAUUAAUUGAAUGCUAUUAGUUUUAAGUAUUUACCAAAUCAGUGAGUGGCUGGCAGUUUGCGAGUGCGUUUUCAUUGGCUCCGGUAACUCAAACUUUCCAUUGCUAUUCAAUGCUUUUGGCCGCUAUAAUUGGCCGGGAAGGCGCUCAAAAUGGAUUCUCGUUUCGCGACAGUUUCGGAGGACGAAAUUUUAGCCAUAAACUGAGUUGUAAUGCAGCUCAGCUAUGACAUCAAUUAUCAAAAAAGUGGAAAAAAUUUGGUUCGUGAAUGUUUAUUGGUAGAUGAAAAAUUGUUUUUAGUGUUAAGAAUAUAUUUGGCAAAGUUUGUCUCAAAAAGGGGAGGAAAGUACAAAAUAUUAUUUAUUUUUGCUGGAAGAUCAGAGAGCCUCAAAAUCAUAUCGACUUUCACUUAGUUUGUUUAAAAAAGUGAAAUCUGUAAAAAGACUCCCGACUCUUAGCUAGCGCCUUCGUUAUAGAAGAAAUCUUUACGUCACUUAUCAGUCAUUCCUUCUGAACAAUGUUUUACUUACCCAAAGUUCGUUUCCUGUUUUCCGGAAAUAUUUUUCUCAGAUCCAACUAUUUCAUAACAGUUGUAUCGCCUCAGUUUUUCCGCCUUGAAGUAUGAAAUGACUAAAAUCUUAGGAUCGCUGGCGUCAGUGGCACAUAAAGCGUACCUUCAGAUAAAGUUGCUAACGCGUGGGGUUAAAAUAAAACGUUUAAACGGGUUCAACAUAAAAGGGAGCGUUUACUUCCGACGUCAAGAUUUAUGAAAUCUGGUCCCUGAUCUGUUCCUUGAACAAAAUAAUCGAAAGCUUGAAGAAAGGACACGUUGAAUCCUGACCGACAUAUAGCCCUUGGAUUCUUUGGAAUUGUCUGAAGCCUUUUUUGGUCAGCAGUACCGCUGGGAGGAGCAGAGGAACAGACCAUCUCAAAACAAGAAACCGUGUGAAACCGGAUGUGCUAUUUGGUGCUAUAUGUACUUCCUGUACCCAAGUAGGUGCUUCUGGUAGCCAUUACCAGAGCAAUAGUCAGGCGUUUCCGUGUGGUUUCGGAGCAAAGAAAGAGGAAUGGGAUUUUCGGUUUUGGCCGCGCGAAAAAUGGAACGGAAGCCAAACAGUGAUGCCUUCGAUGUUGACUUAAAAGUCGUGGUACCCUGCGACAAGUCUUGCAUUUUCUUCUAAACAAAGAGAAAGGAUUCAAAUGGAGAGAGCCUGUUAUGACAGUUAAAAGGCUCUCGCAAAAGCAGACGUAUUUCCGGUCGUCUUUUGACGUGGAGAGAAGCGACGACCGGAAAUACGACUGCAUUCCCAGGGUCCUUGUCAAAAGGUUACUUUAAAGUAAAUAGACAAAUUAUUUCACCCCUUCAAUUUCUUUCUAAAUGACUCAUAACAGUUUAAAUUUUAAUUGACUGAAUUGUCAAAGUAAUCGGUAUCUUUUAUGGAGGUAACCAAAGUGAUACUUUUUUUUUUAUUAUUAUCAUUGUUAUUUUGCAGUGAAGUUUGAGUUACAGUCCUUUGGAACAAGUAUAUUGCGAAUCCUAAAUAUUGCAACAGGGAAAUAUCUUGCCAUGGAUUCUAAAGGAAUGUUGCAAACAAGAGUACGUCUGCCGAUUUUGUAUCCUUUACUUUUCUUUCUUAACUUCUUUACUUAUCUUGAAGUUGUUUCGUUCUUUAAUGUUGUAUUUUUUCACAAGUCCUUUAUUCAGUUAAGUUUUGUAUGAAAUUUUUGCAAAAGUUGCUCUGCAGACAAUGUGCCUGCAUUUGAGGAGAAGACAUGCUACUAACCAAAUGAAAUUACCUACAACAGAGCAAGCAUCAGUGUCAAAUGAAAGUUGGCCUUUCAUUCGCUAUUUUAUUUAUUUAUUUUUUCCUGGAAACAUUUUCCCCUGGAAAGUCGCGAGACCUCCCAAGAAGGCCCAGAAUGUUUCAGAGAUUUCCUCCAAAAAAGCUCCCUUAAUUCAAAAUUCCAAAAAAUUUGUAAAAACGCCUAAAAAUUCGCGAAAAAAUCAAGUAACAUUCUCUAUACCAUUAUCCUCAUAUUUUUUGGAAUUCUCAGGCAGUUUUAAGUUUAUAUCAAUAUAUACAAAAUCACACUGAAGAAAAACACAGACGGCCUUAGUUGACCUCGAAAAAAGCAGCAAAUCCGUGAUCUUAGUUAUUCAAGAGUCCUCAUAGCAUGCGAAAACAUCCGUUUCUCCUCGCUCUUCGCCGCCGGGGACGUUUCGCGUGAAACGUCCCCAUCGGCGAAGAGCGAGGAGAAACGGAUGUUUUCUGCAGGCUAGAGUCCUCAAUGGGUUGCUCUGAUGAGAUAUAGGGUGCUUGCAAUUUACACAAACUACCCGCUGGGUGGAAAUCUUGUGCAUAAAGAAAUUAACUGUACACAGAUUAAAUGAGUGCAAAAAUUGCAUCGCCUCAAAUCACAGCCCGUAUUUUCUGAAGCUUCCCAAAUGGAAUGGUGGGAACCAUUGCCUUGGGGGACGGGGGGGGACUCCGCAUAUGAAAGGGGUGGGGAUGCUCGUCGGAAAUUUGAAUUUAACUCCCAAAGGAGACCAAUCUGGGCGUGGCCCAACCUUUUUUUGACCCCUGAAAGCGAUCAUAUCAAACUUAGAUUACAUAAAUCGAGUAAAUAAAACGAAUGGAAAAUAUAUGAUUUUUCAAUAUUCCUUCGAGUGCAACUCUAACAGAGACCUUUACGGCUAAAUAUAAUAGUGUUUUGCCCAGAAUACCCUAAGCGAGACCAAAAUCCGAAAUUUACACCCCUAAGCGAGGCGACGAGUAUCCCCACCCCUUCCAUAUACGGAGUCACCCCUGGGAACCAUUGUUUCCCACUGGAAUUUCCGGUUUUCCCAUAAGUACCCUAUAAAUUGAAGGGAAACUGCUGUUGAUCCUACAUCAGUCUCUGGAAGACUGAGCCCUCCAACUUGGUCAGCGGGGAAAACCCUGAACUGGUACUGUUCUCCUAAGGUACAACAGAAAAACGUCAACUGAAAGCUGAUAUAAUUUUUUCUCUGAAAUUCUACUUAUCGUCUCUGAAUUCCCAGGGCUUUCUAAAAUUCUUUUUGAGGUCUAAAAUGCUCAAAAAAGCAGCCUUUGUGUCAAAGCCUUUAACUUCAAUUUACUAGAAAUUGUGUAUCUUCGGUUUGUUAUAGCGUGUUCGUGGAGUGUAUUUUAAAACGUUUCAAAACAAUUUCCGACCCCUUCCGUCUGGGAAAUUCUCCAGUUUCGUUAAAACGACGCCAGGCACAUUCCGCUUAGGAUGCCGGUGUUUCUCGACUUCUCGGCUAACUUUUAGAGGCGUGGCUUACGAGAACAGUUUCAACGCAGUUUUCAGAAUUCGAAAACAACUACAAGAGAUAUGAGCAUUUUGAAUGUAUGUAAGUAAGUUUCAGUGGGUACUCAUUUCUUUCAUUUCCUCCGCAGGAAAAUGCAACCAACGAAUGUUUGUUUUAUCAACAUCAUGAAGAGAAUUCAUAUGUAUCCUUCGCAUCCUUCAAGUAUUACAUGAGACAAUUUUAUGAUAUGUUUAUCGGCAUCAAACGUAAUGGGGAAGUAAGAAAAGGCACAACAACAUUACCAGGACAAGAUUCAAAUCUGUUCCUUCCACUCAAUUUGGGUAAAUGGAGAAAUUCAAGAAACGACAAGUUUUGA